ACAAUCUCUCUCGCUCGGUCACUAGUAUCAUUUUUCAUAUACAGCAAGAUGUGCCAGUUCACAUCCUCCGGCAAAGGUGACUCCGACGUCCCUUAUCUUCUCUUGAUCGACGACUCGAAAGGGUCGUCGAAUAUUUACGAACCAUUCAUCCCUAGCAGCCCGAAGUGUUACUCGAUGAUCCAGACCGAGAAGGUAGAUAGGGCCAUUUUUGUUCCUUUUGCAAUCAAGGAAGCCAUUGCCAUAGCCAAUAUUGCUGUACCUAUGGUACUAACCGGGCUCAUGUUAUAUUCCCGGUCGUUGAUUUCCAUGCUUUUUCUCGGCCGCCUCGGUGACUUAGCCUUGGCGGGCGGUUCGCUAGCCAUUGGCUUUGCUAAUAUCACUGGCUACUCCAUUCUCUCUGGUCUUGCCAUGGGAAUGGAAUCGAUUUGCGGCCAAGCGUUCGGCGCAAAACGAUACACCGUUCUCGGCAUCACGUUGCAGAGAACGGUGCUUUUGCUUCUCGUUUCUUCAUUACCGAUUUCUCUCCUGUGGAUAAACAUGAGGAAAAUAUUGAUACUAUGUGGCCAGGAUGAAACUAUAGCCACUGAAGCACAAUGGUAUCUUGUUUAUUCUCUCCCUGAUCUUUUAGCCCAAUCAGUUUUGCAUCCAUUGAGAAUCUAUCUUCGAACACAGUCCAUUACUCUCCCGUUAACAUGUUGUGCCAUGUUAUCGAUUCUUCUCCACAUACCCAUCAAUUAUCUUCUAGUAUCGUAUCUUAAACUAGGCAUCAAGGGUGUUGCUCUUAGCGGUGUGUGGACAAAUUUCAUUCUUGUGGCCUCAUUGAUCAUCUACAUCCUAUACUUUGGUGUCCACAAAAAGACAUGGGGAGGGUUCUCGGUCGUCAAGUGUUUUAAAGAAUGGAAAUCGCUGUUGAAUUUGGCCAUCCCGAGCUGCAUUUCGGUCUGCCUCGAAUGGUGGUGGUAUGAGAUCAUGAUUCUCCUAUGCGGCUUGUUGUUGAACCCGAAGGCGAGCGUCGCUUCGAUGGGGAUUUUGAUCCAAACGACGGCGUUGAUCUACAUAUUUCCGUCGUCUCUAAGCUUCGGUGUGUCUACGAGAGUCGGGAACGAGCUUGGUGCAAACCAGCCUAAAAAGGCCAAGCUCGCUGCCUUCGUAGGCCUUUUUUGUGGCUUCAUGCUGGGCUUAUCAGCACUCGUGUUUGCUACAAUGGUGAGGAACAUAUGGGCUAGCAUGUUCACGGGCGACAAAGAGAUCAUUGCAUUAACAUCCCUCGUUUUGCCGAUCAUCGGGUUAUGCGAGCUCGGAAACUGCCCGCAAACGACCGGGUGCGGGGUUCUACGAGGCACGGCAAGGCCGAAGGACGGCGCCAACAUAAACCUCGGUUGCUUUUACCUCGUCGGUAUGCCGGUGGCAGUAUGGCUUGCUUUCUUUGCUGGAUAUGAUUUCAAGGGACUGUGGCUCGGAAUGUUGGCAGCUCAAGUGUCGUGUAUGGUGACCAUGCUACUGGUUCUGAUCAGAACAGAUUGGGAUUUCGAGGCCGAAAGAGCUAAGAAGCUGACCGGAGCUCAACUGGUCGUCGAUGACAGCAAAGAGAAACCAAACCAAGCAGAAAUCAAGGAGGAUUCGUUUUCUUUAUUAGGUGAUUUGGAUCAUUAUUGCCUCGUUUAA